AUUGGGAUUCGUCUGAGCCGCGUAGUCCGAUUCCAGGUCCAAAUCUUUUUUUUUCCCGUAGUCUCCAGUCCAAAUUUCCCGUAGUCGUUCUUGGAUUCGGACUCAUUUCCUACUCGAAUUAGAGCUGAGCUCAGGCCUCCGUAGGUGGGUUGAGCUUCCUAUUAUAUAUACAAGUGCUGCCUGCCCCUGUUCCUGCUAGGUUGAACUAAAGCUGUGCGGUUGAUAGCUGCGGAAGCGAUUCAUCAUUCAGAAGAUCAGAUUUUGCAAUUUCCCCAAUGGGGACGUGUAGCUUAGUGAGGAUGAUGAGCUUACUGCAGCUAGACUUGAGAAUGUUGCGUAUGCUGCUGGCCCUUUCUCCCCCUCCCAGUUCACACUGGAAAUUCAGAAAACACCCGCCAUUGAUGCUGAUGGAGACCGAGACCGUGGUGGAAAUAUUGCCGGAGACGCCGCUGAUGGAGACCGAGACUGUGGUUGAAACACUGCUGGAGCUGCCGUUGGAUGUAUUGAUGGAUAUCUUUUCCCUCCUGGAGCUUCCUGACCUCAUUCGUGCAAGCUCCGUGUGCUCCUUCUGGCGCUCUGCUUAUAGUAGUCUACAUAGCCAGCUUGGGCAAUAUAAACGGCCCCAGACACCUUGCCUCCUCUACGCCUCCGAAGCCGAUGGUGAGAACGUAGCUUCUCUCUACAGUCUUGCUGAAAAGAGGGUCUACAAGCUAACUCUUCCGGAUCCACCUAUCCGUACUAGGCAUCUCAUUGGGUCCUCUAAUGGCUGGUUAGUUACUGCUGAUGAGAAGUCUGAGCUUCACCUUUUCAAUCCGAUCACUGGUCAACAGAUUGCCCUCCCCUCGGCGAUCACCAUUGAGCAAAUAGAGCCGAUCUUAGAUAGUGCUGGUGCAGUUAAUAAGAUUAAGAUGUGGGAUCUAGCGCCGAACGAUGAUCCGAAUGAGUUUUCUGACUGCCUCUACAUCAGGGCAUUUGUGUUUCCUGAUCCACCCACGGGAAGCUAUAUUGUGGUUAUCAUCCACAAUCCAGAGAAAUAUAUUUCGUUUGCAAGGGUAGGUGAUUAUAAAUGGACCUCGCUGCCGGAUGAGAUGGAGAAUUACAUUAGUGGGACGGACGGGGACAUGUACGUUGUUCAGGCUCCAUGGGGUGAUCUGUUGCAAGUUUGCAGGAAAUCUGAUGUCACAGAAGAGCUGCUCGUACAGACUGAGAAAGUAUUGUUAUAUAAAGCUGAUAUGGCAGCAAAAAAACUUGUGGAAGUAAAUGGCUUGCAUGAUCAUGUGUUGUUUCUUGGGCGUAGUCAGUCGCAAUGCCUUAGUGCGGAAGCUUAUCCACAAUUGAAGAAAAACUGUGUUUAUUUCACAGAUGACGAGAUAUAUGUUUCGCACUAUAAGAAUAAUCGCCGGGAUAUAGGUAUUCUCAACUUGGGAAAUGACAGUACGGAAGAAAUUGUAUCUCAGCUUUGGUGCAAUUGGCCAAAUCCCAUAUGGAUAACACCAAAUCUCACGAGCAUGAAUGCAAAUAGCUAA